AGGAAAUUAAGCGUAAUUAAUCCGCACUUCCCCCCACCCUCCCUCUCUCUCUCUCUCCCCUCACUAUUUCAGAGUCUUUGAUUAUGUUACGAUGAAAAGCUAGGGCAAUUUAUAAUUGUUCCUGCACGACCACCACUGCUACUAGUGCACUAUAGAUAUAGGAAAAUAAAUAUUAUUGUAUAUUAUUGGUGUUAUAAUGUGCUUUGUGGGAGUGAAAAAUACAUAAGAAAAUAUAUAGCAAUCUGUGCCAUAUUAGUAUUGGUAUCAUCACCAUGGUGGGUGUCACGCUUCUCAUGAGAUUCAGCCUCCUCCUCCUCCUCCUACUUGCUGGAUCACUGUCACUUUUAUGGCCUUCUUUUGCUACAGGUGGACGAUCAAAGUUUAUUGGUAACUUGGUAGCGGAUGUGGAUCAUAAAAUACAACAAGCGAUGAUGCAUCAAGAUGGACCGAUAACGAAGCGACUGAUGGAUGAAGAAGAAGUAAACACAAUCCACGAAAGGGUUCUAAGGGCUAAUACAAGAGAUUAUGGAAGCUAUAACCCAGCCCCAAAACUUUCUAAGCCUCGUUCCAAGCGCAUUCCAAACUAAAUACGUGCUUCACUAUAUUAUUAUAUUAUUAGGGUUUGGUCCUACUACUCGAAAUAAUGUAAUUAAUAAUCAUCGAUCUAUAUCUUCAAGAUAAAUACUUAUUAUCAAGUUCUCUGAAGCAAAUUAUUAGUUAAUAACUUCGCAAUAUUAUGUAGAAUAUUAAUGUAUAAAUGAUAGAUUAAUAUCAUAUC